AUCUCUGUCUUGCAGAGCAGAUCUAUCUUUGGUAAAUCGCUUUCUGUCGUUUUUAAUCAAAAAGCGAAGCCAGGACAAUCAAAUCCCAUACUUAUAAAACUAUGAGCAAUAUUUUCAAGAUAUAUUUUACUUUACAGGAGAAAAUUACUUCUUGCACCGUCAGUUGCCAUGAGCACAAGAGGGACUUCAAGCGAUGAUUUGUCAAAUAAGACCUGUACAUGUAACGAAAAUGUGACGCCAGGUCAAUUGCCUAAUUCUUCCAAAUGGAAACGUUUUGCUUCCAGUACCACUCUUCAUGGACUCAGAUACGUGGCAGGGAACAGCCAUUCCAUCACGAAGCGAUUAAUUUGGUUGAUAUUUCUUGGCAUCGCCACCAGCACCUUCCUAUAUUAUUUGUCCGUAAGCCUGAAUAAAUAUUUUUCAAGGCCAAUUAAAACAGUUAUUUCACAAGAAACGUCAACGGAUGGCUUGACUUUCCCUGCAGUGACAAUCUGUAAUUUAAACAAGUUUAUGAAAUCCAAAAUCGAUAUGGCUGAUGAAGAAGAAAACUUUCAAAAGAUGGGAUUGAACAUAAGUGGAUGCAGUGAAAUACGUAAAGUUCGUGGGAAUCUCACUUGUGGGCAGGCAAUGUUAUGUGCUUACAUCUGGUAUGGGACAGCUCUGGUUCAAGGCUGUAAUGAGACAACUCAACAAAACAUAAUUAAGGCACUAAACCGUUCUACGGAUCGUCUGUACAACGAAGAAGAAUUUCUCACAAAAUAUGGACACGAAAUGGCUAACAUGUUCGUUCUUUACUGCCGUUUCAUGAAAGACGUAGAUUGUUCUGAUAAAGACUUUGUAACAGACCUAACACAAGAUGGCAUUUGCUUCACAUUCAACUCCGGUCGUAACAGCAGCGUGCGUAGUACCAUAUUUGAAGGCCCCGAUCUCGGGUUAAGCAUUCUUCUUGAUGUUCAAACUAAUGAAAGCACUACUGGUCAAUUUUCAAACGGAUUGAAAGUGAUUGUUCACGACCAAAAUACAUUUGUCAACCUCCACUCUGGAUUCAACAUCCUUCCUGGUACCCAUGCGUCAGUUGCAGUCAAGUUGAGAAAGCACAUUAGACUUCCGGCGCCAUUCAAGACACAAUGUCAACAGGAUAACCUGCCAGGAAUAGGUUCUUACACAAAGGACGGCUGCCUUUACCAAUGUACCGCAAAUAUGACCCUAGAAAAAUGUGGCUGCCGUAUGCUUGGAUCGCCAGAACCAAAGACCGUACCUCUGUGUUCUGUUCAAGACACUGGAUGUGUUGACAAUUCUCAAAGAACAUUUAACGUGACAUCGUGCCCCUGCAGGAACGCAUGCUCAGAAUUGGAGUAUGAAUCACGUGUUUCUUAUUCCAAAUUUCCCGAUAGCUCGAUCAUUGAAGUUUUGCAUCAUUUCUUUGGGUAUAGAGAGACCGACAGUUACAUGAAAGAGAACUACGUUUUUAUUCAAGUGGGAUACCAACAUUUGGCCUACGAAGUUCGUGAGGAUGUCCCUAGUUAUCAAGCAGAGAGCCUCUUUGGUGAGUUCGGUGGCAACAUGGGCUUGUUUCUUGGAUGCAGUCUACUGACGCUUUGCGAGUUCAUCGACUUUCUGUGGGAAGUUGUAAUGUACAGGUUAAGGAAACGCUCCGUUGAUAUGACACAGAAGGCAGGCAAUAACACUUAAGAAUAUCAGUCCACAUGGUUUACUACUCGAUCCGGCCAGCGUUUACUCAGCUAAAUAGAGUAUUUCAAAUAGACUAUUUCAAGGAUGAAGCAAAUAUCUUACACAGUGUAAUUUGCUAGUGAUCAUAGUUUGGAAAAAAAAAGCAGCGUUAAAAUGAUCCAGCGCAUUUCAUCAAAAUUUUCCCGAUAAUGGGUUAAUUGAAUGAACACGGAGUAAUCAAUACUGUAAAUUGAAUCAGCUUAGUAAUCCGCACAUAAUAAAUAACAUUUUAUCUUGAGUCAUUCGCAAACAUUAAGACAUCGAGAGCUCCGCAAGGCGUCGCACUAGUUUGCUGGAGAGAUAGGUAGACGACAAUAGAAACGAAUCGUUUGGGAUAAAUGGCCGCAAAUGUGACGAGUUUAAUUGAAACUCAGGUUACAAACAAAGAUUAAAAUCUCUUCAGGAAAGGUGGGGUUAAAACUUUCGCCACCAGUAAAAACUAAAGUAAAAUACUACAUAAGAUAUAUUGAUAGUCUGCGGGUCGGUGACCGGGGAGGUGGAGGGAAAAAGAACAAAUACGUCUGAACGCUAAAGAGCAGAAAAGUUCUUCUUGCGAUGAUGGCAAUAGUACAAGGGGCCGCGUGUACGAGAUAACCAACCUUUUGUACUUAACUUUGACACGAGCUCAUUUUUCAUUGGGCAGAUUAGAUUGGAUACCAGAUUAGAGCACAACCCACAAACUGAUAAGACACAGGAAAUGCCUCGCGAUAAAAUAACAUUAUGCUUUUGGUUAUCGGCAUAAUGUUUGUUUUUGUUAAAAUACGAAAUUCAAACGUUGCAUUUGUUAUGGCAAAGUGUGCACUAUUAAUAAAAAUAUGAUAGAGCUGUUGCACACGUGUACUCAGUUGGUAUAUUCAUUACUCGAACAUUUUCUACUUUGAAAUUUUCCAUAAUUAGGCUUUCCUUUUCAAAAUUGAUCGGCGUCUUGUUUGGUGGAUGAUUAAAAUUUUUCCAAAAGCCACACGUUGCGCAGCUGAAUCAAUGCUAUACUCUAUGCUCAGAGGCAAACAAAAGCUGUUCAGACCACCAACCGGAGAACCAAAGGUGUUUUGAGUUCCGAAUGAUUUUAAGUGUUAAUAUUGAAAAAGUUUCUUUUAAAAGUAGCGAUUCUUGACAGCUACAAAUAAGUGUCUGCUAAAAUAUAUCGAGCAGUAUUCUGACAUUCCAACGUAACUUACAUCUUGAUAGGUUCUUUACAGAUGCCCCCUCCAAAUAAGUAAAGUUCAUCUUUUCAAAGGUGUGUUGAUUUCGUUUGUUUGUUUGUUUGUUUGUUUUUUUCAGUUCCUUUUGGCAAUCAAAGCUACCCUUCUAAUAGAAGAGCACAAAAAACGUCUGAUUUGGCAUAAAGGUCGUUUUAUCGUUCACAGCGCGCGCUAAAACAUUUAUUGCGGACAAUGAUACGGCACACGUUCCCCAUACAACGGCCAGUAUUCAGUGACGGGAGAAUUUAAACCGAACAGGAAAGAACAUAUUGAUGGUUUAAUUGAAAAUAA